AUGAACGUUGGACGAAUAAGUUGCCUCAGUUAUGGGUUCUAUAGUUCAGAGGAUGUCAGAAGAUUAUCAGCUCGCAAAGUAACAAAUGAUCUAGCCUUUGACAGGUUCACUGGUCGUGGGGUGGAUGGGGGGCUGCAUGAUGUAAACUUUGGGAUCAUUGGAUACAGCGAAACCUGUGUUCACUGUGGGAUGGAUUUUUCGGAUUGUCCGGGUCACUGUGGGCAUAUCGAGUUUGCGAAGCCAGUAUUCAACCCCUUCAUGUUUGACUUACUCUACAAAGUUGUUAAAUCUUUUUGUUUCGGUUGCUUUCGCCUCUACAGUGCUGAAUACCUUUCCUCAGCUCUUUACCUUCUUGGAGCACCAGUCAGAAAACUUCCUGGUAAACCAAAAGCUUUGGAGAUCCAAGAACUAAAGGGAUUGUCAGGCAGCGAAUUACGUCAGGUUGCUCUAAGAAAUCUGGCCACGAGACCUCGUGCUCCUUGCAAGUUGUGUGGCAGUGGUUCAUGGGCAAUCAGACACAUAAACAAACAACAGUUGGUCAUGCAUCCGAUAUCAGUUGCUGGCGGCAAUCGUUCCAAGGCAAGGAUGAAAGAAGAAAUAGAAGAAGACUAUUCUGACCUUAUGGAGGGACACAAAAUAGAAGACCAGCGUAUGGUCCCACAAUCCUCAACGAUGUUUAUUGAUAUGACAAGUGAAAGUGAAAGCUCCAAAGCAGAAGCGCUGUAUACAGUGAAUCUAUCUACUGCACGAAAUAUGCUUUCUGAGGCUGUACGGAACCAACAGGAAUGUAAAGAAAUCUGUUUUCCGCCAGAAAUGGUUCGUAUGAUGUUCCGAUGUCUCUGGGCCCACGAUGGUGAUAUUUUGUCAUUGUUACUUCCUAUGCUUCAUGUUGCGAAGUCGAACCAUACAUUCCCUACGGAUGUAUUUUUCAUGGAAAACAUCUUGUUGUCUCCUUCACUAUGUCGAUGGCCACGACAUGUUGGGAACUUAGUUUAUGAACAUCCAGAGACUGCUGUUUAUGUUCGUAUUGUGAAACGUGCACAUUGUCUACACAACAUUGUGGAAUUUAUCCAUCAACGUAGUGAAGGGGGCAAUUCCUGUGACACAAAGAAACUUCCAGAAUCGGGACCAGCUGCUAGUAUUGAAAACACCAUUGAUGAUUUACAUUCCGAUGGUGCUCUAAAACUUGCGACAGUGCUUCUUCAGGCAGCUGUUAAUGGAAUAUACGAUAUGAAUAUGGCAAUUACUCCUCUAGGAUUAGAGUCGAAGGUUUCUGGGCCCAACAGCAAUGCGAUUCGCUUGCCUGGUCUAAGACAACGUUUGGAAAGAAAAGAAGGUCUUUUUCGCAUGCAUAUGAUGGGAAAACGGGUUAAUUUUGCCUGUCGUUCAGUUAUUAGCCCUGAUCCAAAUCUUAGUGUUACCGAGGUUGGCGUUCCACUGUUCUUUGCAUGUCGUUUAACAUUUCCAACACCAGUAACAAAAUUCAAUUUGGUUCAAUUACGACAGUUAGUAAUGAAUGGACCGAAUAAUUAUCCAGGAGCUACUAGUAUACAGUUUUCCAAUGGUAUUACUACUAUGCUGCCGGUAAAUGAUACUCCUCAGGCCAAGAAGAAACGUGAAAUGUUGGCUUUGCGUUUGAAACCGCUUAUUUCAGAUAAAGAUAUUAUGCCGAUUGUGGUUAACCGCCAUCUUCUCGAAGGAGAUAUGCUCAUCAUGAACCGACAGCCUUCUCUUCAUCGUCCAUCAAUGCAAGCACAUCGUGUUCGAAUAAUAAAGUGUACAGGAGCGAAAACUUUACGAUUACAUUAUUCUAACUGUAAGGCAUACAAUGCAGAUUUCGAUGGUGAUGAAAUGAAUGGACACUUUGUACAAAGUUACGCAGCACAAGCAGAACUUGAAACACUAGCUUCUGUACCUCAUCAAUAUCUGGUACCUAAAGAUGGGACACCGCUUGCUGGGCUUAUACAAGAUCAUGUUAUCGCUGCGGUUAAACUAACCAUGCGUGAUCGAUUUUUUGAACAUGCUGACUACUUAGAUCUUGUAUAUCAUGCUCUUCGACCAUUGUUUACUGCCAACAGACGAGCAUCUCAUGGUCCACCGUCUAUUAUCACAGUCAAACCUGCAAUAUGCUGGCCAAAAUGUCUUUGGACUGGAAAACAGGUUAUUUCAACAUUAUUAAUAAACUUGACGCCACCAGGUUUGCUACCAUUGAAUGCUACUCUAAGAGGUCGUCGUACUAACGCUGAACUUUGGUCUGGAGUUGCUCCAGGUGGUCCGACACUGAUGUCUGAUGUUGAUUUAGUUGUAUGUGAUGGCUACCUUGUGUCUGGUAUGCUGGAUAAGGCACAUAUCGGUUCAAGUAGUACUGGUUUAGUACAUUGUGUUUACGAAGCGUAUGGACCAGAAUCGGCUUCAUGUCUAUUGAAUGGAGUUUGUUUACUAGCCAAUCAAUUUUUAAAAUUCACUGCGUUCACCAUGGGAUUGAAAGAUAUUUUACUAUCACGAAAGGCAGAUAGAGAAAGAGAUCGUCGUUUCAGUAGUCUUAGAGAUCUUGGUCUUUGCGCUUUUGCCGAUGCAUUCAAUUUGAAACCCGAAGAACUUACUGAAUCUAAUGUAAAGCGUUUGUAUCGUCAUGCACAGUUCCCACCACCUACCGAUCAGUCUUCACAAAAACGUCUUGCUCAAUUAGAUAUGGCAAUAAAGGACCGUUUAAAAAGAGCACAAGAUGCAGUAUGUGAUUCUGCUAUACCAGGUGGCUUAUAUGUUGGUUUUCCAGAAAACAAUUUACAACUCAUGGUUCGUGUUGGAGCUAAAGGUGGUAUGGUUAAUGCUCAACAAAUGUCAGUUGCUUUGGGUCAGAUAGAGUUGGAAGGUCGUCGUGUACCACUUAUGCUAAGCGGUAAGACAUUACCAUCCUUUCCUGCCUACGAUGUUCGACCACGGGCAGGAGGUAUGUGUACUGCUCGAUUUCUAACUUCACUUCCUCCGCAAGAACUAUUUUUCCACUCAAUGGCAGGUAGGGAUGGUCUUGUUGACACAGCUGUAAAGACAAGUCGAUCAGGCUAUUUACAGAGAUCAGCCAUCAAGCACUUAGAGGAUUUGAGUAUUCGUUACGAUGGUACAGUCAGAGAUGCAGGAUCCAAUGUUAUCCAAUUCCGAUAUGGUGAUGAUGGAGUCGAUGUUUGUCAAGCCGCCUUUUUACAACCCACAGGAUUACACUUCUUUGCUGAUAAUGUGAAUCUUAUGAAAAUGCGUUGGCAUUGUGACAUAAUUAAUACUCAUAAUCCUGCUGUUGCUCAUUUAUUUGAGUUAAAUCCACUUCCUAAGCCUAUACAAGUAAUUGCAGAUCAAGUUGGUGUUAAACGAGAGAGUAUUCUGUAUAAAACUGUAUCAGAGCAUAGGCUUUCCAAGAUUUUACACAAUAUUAAAACAGCUCAAAAAAUCUUAGAAAAGAUGAAGGCAAAGAAUUCAAUGUUACAAGAUAAUCAUAUAAAUGAAACACUACCUGACCCACCUUGUUCUGCAGCAGCUGAAUUGAGAGAUUUAUGUUUAGCAAAAAUUAUUAAUGCUCAAGCUCCACCUGGUGAUCCUGUUGGUUUACUAGCUGCACAAUCAGUUGGAGAACCGUCUACACAAAUGACUUUGAAUACAUUUCAUUUUGCUGGACGUGGUGAAAUGAAUGUCACUUUAGGAAUACCACGUCUUCGAGAAAUUUUAAUGUCUGGUUCAGCGAAUAUUAGCACUCCGUGUAUGGAAGUACCUAUUUGGCCUACUAAAGAAGCUCAACAACUUAGUGAAAAGAUAGCCAAAAAAUUUUACAAACUCAAGUUAACUGAGGCUUUACAAUUACCCAUUGGACAAAAGGUCAAUUAUGUGUCAGAUUCAUGUACACUUGAAUUUAAUUUAAAACCGAAAUCAGCAUAUUCAGAACAUAGUAAUGUAACACCUGCUCGAGUGUUACGUUUUCUUGAGCAUAUCCUGUUUCCAGAUUUGGCUCAUCGACUUAAUGAAGAAUUAAAAGAUCAAGGAAAAACAAGCCUUAUAAAAAGUUUUGCUUUAUCUGCUAUGGCUCGUGAACAACAGCGGAGUAGUCGUGCAAAGGAUUCUGUAGAACCUGGUGAAGAUAAUGACAAAGAGAUUAUGGAUCAACAAAUCACAAGUCGAACUCGUCCACAAGAUGAAUGGAAUGAAGAUGAUGGCCAUGAGGCAGUCAGACGUCGACGUCUUGAAGCAAAUGCUGAAGAAGACGAUUUUGAUGUAGAUGCUAAUCGUCGUAAACAAUCAAAUGAUCUAGAUGAGUUAGUUGACUUGGACUUUGGUGAUGAAGAUGAUGCUGAAGCAGCAGAAUUGCAUGAAAUUGGACGUGAUCAGGAUAAAGAUGAUGCUGAUGAAGAACAAGAAGAGAAUAGAGAUUGGUUGUGGAAUGAAUUAUCUCCAUCUAAUACAAAUCCCGAUGAAUUCGUCCAGUGGACUGGAGAUCCUGAUUCACAUCAAUCGGACGUAGAUGAACAAGAAUUAGUUCAAGAGAGUGUUGUACAAAGUGCAGAACAGGAUAACGCUAUAGGUCAAGAUGAAGUUCAUAAACGAACUAUGUUCGUCACCAAUUUACACGCUCGUUUUAGUGGUUAUGAAUUCGACCGGAAAAAUGCAUCACCAAAAUGGGCACGCCUUACAAUUUGUAUGUUCGAUCCAAGCGAAGGACGUAUAUCAAUCGAUUUGCAGACAUUAAUUAUGCGCCUUAUCAAUCGAAGUGUUGUCUCUUCUGUUUGCGGAAUUGAAAAAACUAUCAUCGAUCGUUCGAAGCCUGAUCAGUGGAUGUUUCGUGUUGAAGGUAUCAACAUGAUUGAAAUGAUGCGUUAUCCAGAUGUGUUCGACUUAAAUCGUUUAUAUACCAACAACAUUACUAUCAUGAAUGAAACGUACGGUAUUGAAGCUGCGAGAGCAGUCCUUCAACGAGAGGUAUCUGGUGUAUUCAGUCAUUAUGGUAUUCAUGUGAACACCCGACAUUUAUCCUUAAUUGCUGAUUAUAUGACAAAAUUUGGAGUUUAUAAUGCAUUCAAUCGACGUUCAAUGAGUGCACACCCAUCAUCAUUGCAACAAAUGACUUUUGAGACUGUAACCACUGCUCUGAGAAAUUCACUACAAGAUGAUCGUAUGGACAAUCUUAUUUCACCUUCAGCAAGUUUAGUUACUGGUCGAAUAGUUCAUUUUGCUGGGACAAAUUGCUUUGAAUUAUAUCAAAAAUUGGCCUGUUGA